CAAUAAUCCGCUGAUAAUUUUCAGUGGCGCUAAAACCACUGAAGACCAGAAUCGGAGUGAUUAUUUUCGACCUGAGAGAAAGAAAAAUGUGUUUCAUGUAUAAAUUGUUGAUUUGGAGUAAUCAGCCGGAUGCAGUAUGUCAAGGAAACUCCUUUGUACCUCUUGCACUUAACAAACGACAUUGUGGCUCAAAUAUUUAAGGGUAUAUUUGAAGAAAAAUGGCACCAAAUUUAUUUGGUACGUCAGCAACGCUACUUCUUGAGGCUUCUCAACAAGGAAUUUCUCAGGAGAAAAGUGUCACAAAAUCAGCAGAACCACAAUUAGUAAAAAUCAAAAGUGAUAAACCUAAAUAUAAAUGGCACAUCGUUUGGCGAAACGUUAUAGCUUUCGCUUACAUUCACGCUGCUGCUGUAUACGGAUUGUAUCUUGCAUUAACGACAGCCAAGUUUGCCUCUUUUGUAACUGCUAUUGGAAUUGGCAUUUUAUCCGGAGUCGGUGUCACGGCAGGUGCUCACAGACUUUGGGCACAUAAAGCCUACAAAGCAAAAUGGCAAAUGAGAGUAAUUCUAGUGUUUCUGCAAACAGUCGCUUUUCAGAAUCAUAUUUAUGAGUGGGUGAGAGAUCAUAGGGUACAUCACAAAUUUACAGACUCUGAUGCAGAUCCCCAUAAUGCAAACAGAGGUUUCUUCUUUUCUCACAUAGGAUGGCUGAUGCUCAGGAAACAUCCAGAUGUCUUUAGCAAAGGUGUUAAAGUCGAUAUGAGUGAUAUCGAAAAGGAUCCACUUAUUGUAUGGCAAAGAAGAUUGUACAUUAUUUUGAUGCCCAUCUGCUGUUUCUUGAUUCCAACUUGGCUUCCUUGCUACCUAUACGGAGAGAAACCGAUUGUUGCCUGGUACUUAACAUUACUGAGAUACGCCCUCACACUUAAUGGAACAUGGUUGGUUAAUUCGGCGGCUCAUAUUUGGGGAACCAAACCUUAUGACAAUACCAUCAGUCCAACUGACAGUCUCAGAAUUGGAGUCCUAGCUUUCGGAGAAGGGUGGCACAAUUAUCAUCACGUCUUUCCCUAUGACUACAAAGCGGCUGAACUUGGCAAUUACAGAGCCAAUUUAACAACCGGAUUCAUUGACUUUUUCGCCUGGAUUGGAUGGGCCUACGAUUUAAAAACAGUCACCGUUGAAACGAUAAAUAAAAGAUCUGCCAGAUCUGGUGACGGUACUCGAAUGCAAGUACCAACUGGAAAAGAAUCACCAAUCGAAAAUGACGAUCAUCAUCAUCAUGGACACUCUCACGAUAAUUGUGUAUGGGGCUGGGACGAUAAGGACAUGGACGAAGAGGAUAAAAAAGACGUUCAAAUCUACAAUAAACGUGAUUGAAUACCCAAAAACAAAAGAAAAAAAAUUCCAGAACAGAAAAGAAACGAAUAGCAUUUAUAAGAAUAAUGAAAGAGUGAUUCUAUUUAUUAUGAAAGAUUUAGUUUUAUUAGAAUUAGAUCAUAAACCACUUGUAUAUAUGUAUUUGCGAAAAGAUUACAAAUGUUGUGCAUAAUUUGACAAUCAUUCAUCAACUCGAUGAUAGGCAAAUUAUUCACUAUAAUUUUAAAACAAAAAAUUUUCUCUGAAUCAGAAAAUACUUUUAAUUUUAAAUUAUUGAAAAAAAUAAUAAUUUGAAUUCUACUAACAUCAAAAUUUAUUUAU